AUGUCCACUGCAACCAUGCCAACAGUGGAAGAACGUGAGUUUCUCAAGGUUCCUUCCGGGGUUAAACAUAGUGGCUUUACGCCACGUCCGAUACAAAAGUUGGCUGAGAGGAAAAAGCCAAGAACAAUGUUAAAUAUAGAAUGCAAUCACUUCCUUCGAACAAAAACUGAUGCAUUUACUCAUGGACAUCCAAUGCUUGGUUACAAGUUGUGGCUGGAAGCUGGAAAACAUGAGGCACCAUAUCCUAGUCGACCAGAUGACAACUAUAACAGUAAUGUGUGGCGCAACUUCCGAAGGCAGUAUGGAUUUAGUGCAACGGCAGAUGGACGAAAAAUUUCUGAUGUUAUUGCCUCCAUGUACCCUCUUAAUAUACCUCCUCCAUCACAGGUUGGAGAUCACACUUUUGAUAAAUUUAUCAGAGAAAGUUCUCUGUUUAACAAUGAUAAAAUGAAAGCAUUAGCAAUGGAGAGAACAAAGAAUGAUGUGGUUGAAUUUAAACGCCUUCGAGUGAAAAGUGAUGCAAGAAAUCCUCCACUUGAUGAAUCUGGACAAAUUGUACCCCCGGAAAAUUUCAGAAAAUAUGAGCAUCGUUUUGUUCCUCCUCCUCUUCCUCCUCCAACACCCCCUCCAGCCAAUCAGAAGACAGACUCUCUCGGACAACGAUAUGUGCCUAAGUCUGAACCACACUUAUGGAAGCUUUCUUACAAACUGUCUAAUCCACAGUAUGAACAUGUUCGACAGGAAAUUCGUAAGCGUCAACAGAUGAUGAAAGAGGAAACGCCACAAUCUCCUCAACCUCAUAUCCCCAAGAACUUUCCUUCUCCAGUCAACCGUAAAAUGUAA